UUCAGUUGCCAUGCAAAUGGGCUGCGUGUGAUGCCGCUGAUCCACCAGGAUGUCUCUUGGAUUUCCACGCGGGCUCGAACGAGGCACAAACCUGGAAAAUCCGGGCCCAGUAUAAAGCAGCGCUGAUGUCCCGACUCAUGAAACAGAGCAGACGCUUGCCACAGUCCAGUGCCUCACUCUCACUACCAGGAUGGUUCUGCCCACGCCCCGGUCUUUAACCUUGGCUGCUGUUGCGGCUACCCUUUUGGGUGCUUCGGCAGUAAAUGCGGGGAACUGCUCGGUAGCCGGCAUCGCCCAACCCUCGAUCCCUGAUGGGCAGCUGUUACAGCUGACUGCUAUUCCAGUCACUGGCUACCAGAAUGGCAACACGACACUGAGCUUCUGCAAUGUGACAGUCACAUACACCCAUCCCGGGAAGAAUGACGCUAUCCACACUACUGUCUGGCUUCCCCUCUCGAGCUGGAACGGCCGGCUUCAGGGCUCCGGGGGUGGCGGCUAUGCAAUGCGUCACGACGACUCGGUUCUAGCAGAAGCGGUCGGCCUCGACUAUGCCGUUGUAGCCACAGACGGUGGCCACGGCCUCGUAUCCCAGAACUCCGCCGCCUGGUCACUGGAUGCAUCCGACCAAGUGAACAUGGCCCUUCUCGACGACUUCGCCUACGUUGCCUUGAACGAUGCGGCCGUCAUCGGCAAGCAAAUCAGCCACAGCUUCUAUGGCUACGGGCCAAACCGCUCGUACUGGAACGGCUGCUCCACCGGCGGCAGACAAGGACUCAUGCUCGCGCAGCGGUAUCCCACGGCCUACAACGGAAUUAUGGCUGCGGCCCCCGCCAUCAACUGGCCCACCUUCCUGGUGGCGGAAUACUGGCCGCAGUUCGUCAUGAAUCAGCUCCAGUCACACCCGCCGACGUGCGUGACCGACGCCAUCACCGCCGCCGCCAUCACCGCCUGCGACGCCCUCGACGGCGUCACCGACGGCGUGAUCUCAGCUCCCGACCUCUGCACCUUCGACCCUCUCACCUUAGUCAACCAAACCGUCGCAUGCAAUGGUAGCAGCGUGACCGUCACCAAACCCGCAGCGCUAGCUGUCUCGCUAAUCUGGACCGGAAUGCGGUCUUCGAACGGCACAUUCCAGUGGUACGGUCUCGAGCGCGGCGCCCCGCUCUCCACGGGCAGCGGCAGCCUCGCCGCCACCACCUGCACCUCUCCAACCAACUGCACGGGCUCCCCCUUCGCCAUCUCCUCCGACUGGAUCCGGCGGUACGUCCUACAAGACCCAGCCUUCGACCUGACCACCCUCGACCACGCGGACCUAGACACCAUCCUCUUCCGCUCCACCGCCGAAUACAACGCGAUCAUCGGCACCGACGACCCGGACCUCUCCGCCUUCAAGUCCGCCGGCGGGAAACUGAUCACGUGGCAUGGGCUGGCCGACCCGCUGAUCUUCCCCAAGGGCACCGAGCACUACUACCGGCAGGUGCAGGCGCGGGACCCGGCGGUGCGCGACUUCUAUCGCUUCUUCCCGGCCCCGGGCGUGCAUCAUUGUUCCGGGGGCGAGGGCCCCGUGCCCGUGGACCCGUUGGCGCAGGUCGUCGACUGGGUGGAGGCGGGUGUGGCGCCGGCGACGCUGCACGCGCAGGCGGCGGAUGGGCGCACGCGGUCGCUGUGUCCGUGGCCGCUGGUUUCGAUGCACAAGGGUGGGGAUGUACGGGAGGCGGGAUCGUAUGCUUGUGAGAGACCGCUGAGGCAAUGGUUCUGAUUUUGUGUCCUGGCGAUUACUUCCGGGUUCGAGCAUCUAUUUAAUCGAGCAUAAUUUGAUCAAGAAUAAUUCGACUAAGCAGUUGUCGCCAUAUCGAAGGAGAGAAAUGCAGCUAUUCAUAGUGUUCAGCCGCCUGGGACCAACGUGGUACGGUAAAUGUCAAACCCAGGGGUGGUUGGUCUCCUGAACCAUGGCUCGGCGAUCAGCCGAGUCCCUGACAAGUUUCCGGGCUCGCAACUCUCUCCCUGCAAGCUAGGAUGUAG